AUGAGAGACUUUGAUGUGAGACGUAUCCUAAUCGACCCAAGCAGCUCGGCCAAUCUUUUACAGGCGUCAGUAAUUAAUCGGAUGGGAUGCGAACUAUCCGACCUUGAAAAUCCUGGGCAGAUCUUGUCCAGAUUCAAUGAAGCGGCAACUACCUCCUUGGGAGACAUUGUGCUACUGGUCCAAGCAGGCCCAAUCACUCUCAAUGUGCAGUUUUCAGUGGUACAAGAUUUGUCCCCUCUCAAUGCUGUCUUGGGGCUCACGUGGCUGCACUAUAUGAAAGCCAUCCAUUCUACGUACCAUCAAAUGGUAAGCUUUCUCAUUGAAGAUGGACAAAUCGAUCUAUACGACAGCCAGUUGGCCGCUCGCCAGUGCUAUCAGAUAGUGCGAGAGGUUGGGUCCAGCAAAGAGGGCGAGCCCCUCCCCGAACCCUCCAAUGCAUUUGACCAAUAG